AUGUUCGAGGAUAUGUCCAAGCUUGUUGAUGUCGAUAGACACAAGAAAGAGCUCGUUCAACUGUUGGCCGAUUGUGACUCUACGCAACAGCAACCAAACAUAGUGGCUGUUGUUGGGCUUGGAGGACUGGGCAAGACAACCCUCGCAAAUCAAGUGUACCAGGAUCUCAAAGAAUAUUUUGAGUGUCAUGUUUUUAUAUCUGUGUCACAAAAUCCAGACAUCAUCAAAGUUAUGCAUGCCAUUUACAGUCAGCUAAAUAAGAAAUAUUCCCCUGGUAUGGAGGACUUACCACAACUUAUCAACAUGAUUUUGGAGUUCCUCAAAAACAAAAGGUACUUUAUUGUAGUUGAUGAUAUAUGGGAUGUGGAAACAUGGAAGGCUAUCAAGUGUGUAUUUCCCACAAUCAGUUCUAACAGUAACGUAAUGAUCACCACUCGUAUAGAUGAUGUCGCCCAAUCAUGUUGUUCCUCUUUCCAUGGCCAUAUAUACAAUAUAAGGCCUCUUAGUAUGGUGCACUCGAGGAAACUUUUCUACGAAAGACUAUUCAACUCCCAAGAAAAAUGCCCUUCACACCUUGAAGGAAUUUUUGGCCAAAUCUUGGAUAAAUGUGCUGGCUUACCUUUGGCAAUCAUUGUUAUAUUAGGUGUAUUGGCUCAUAGAGAAAGUGAAAAGGAACUAUGGGAGCAAGUGAAUGAUUCAAUUGGUCAUGCCCUAAGAAAUAGUACCAUCAAAGACAUGGUAAAUAUAAUAUCCCUUAGUUACAUGGAUCUUCCUCCUCAUCUCAAAACUUGCCUACUGUACCUGAGUAUAUUUCCGAAGGAUCAUGCUAUCGAGAAGGAGAAUCUGAUAAGGAGGUGGAUUGGCUAG